AGGAUACAUAGCGUGAAUAAAAGCCUCUACAUCUUCUACCCUCUUCUGAUUCAUGUUGAGAAUAGUGUCACUAGUACCUCGAACGCCUUAUUCUAUCAGGAGGAUGAAAGAAGUUUCACAUCGACGAGGACCUCGUCGUUAUCAUUUCAACACCGGGUGAUAAUCGUUAAUGUGAAUUAGAUUUCUUAUUUUCAUCUGUUUCUGUUACCAGUGCAAAACCAAAACCGCUUUCUUGCUAAAAGAUCGAAGUCGAGAUGAAGGGUCUCGCAGACGCUUACAAGACGCAGGUAGGCAACAACGCCUCGAGCACCGCAAACACGUCUUCACCAGCUGCUCCAGGGCCUGCUGGCACGCCGAGCCCUGGUUCCGGCGGACCUUCUCCCGGUGGAUUAGCUGGGAUGAACAUGAAAAAGCUGGGUGGGUUGUCAAAAGCCGCUUCUGGAGGUACUCCUUCAUCGUCCGCAGGACCUGCAGGUGGACCCCCGCCGCCAAAGAAACUUGCUUUCGCGAUGCCACCCGGAGCAGUAGGUGCUGCAACCGUUUCUGACGACGCCGCGGAGCCAAAUACGACGAGUAAAGACGACCCUGCAGCUCAGGAUGAGCAACGACCAACCACUGCCAGCUCGGGUUCUGCGGCAGAAAACGCUCACGCAGGCGCGACCAAAGUGCCGGCCAUGAGCUUUGCGAAACUAGCGCCCGGGGGGAAGAGCGCGGACUCCAGCAACAGCACCAACUCAGCGAACGCGCCGAUGACCAACCCCUUCGGCUUGCUAGGCGCCGCAAAGGCCGCGGGCGGCACCACACCGGCCAGCGGCGACGGCAGCGGCAGCCCGGACGAGAGUGGUGGCAGUGCUGCUCCGCCACCUCCCUCGGGUGCGAUGCUGGCGCUGAUGGGCAAAGCGCCGCCACCCGGCGGUGCCAAGGCCGCUGCGGCGAGCAACCCGUUUGCUCUCGGAGGUGCGAAGAAAUCCAAUCCCUUUCUCGCGGGGCUUGGCGGGGGCGGUUCUCCGACCGACGCCGCGGGCUCCCCGCCCGGCGGGGGCGGCGGCACGACAACGUCUGGUGGGGCGACGCCGAUGGGCUUCACUUCCGCGAUGCUCGCGAAGAAGGCGGCAGCGAGGAUCAAGGAAAAAUCGAAAAAACUCCGCGAAGAGCGGCUCGCCAAGAUCGCGGCGCUGCAGGAGACCCCCGCGGCGACCAACCUGGUGAAGGAACGGCGCGCGAUGCGGAACCGCAAAGACUUGACCCCGCUGCAGAAAAUCGUGGUGUCGCCCAAGUUUGACGCCUUCGUCACCUUCGCAAUUGCGGCGAACUGUUUCUUCAUGGCGUUUGAGUACCAGCUGCAGGGGGAGGACAAGGUGGACAUGGAAACCGGCAUUAUCGUCGGCGAUUUGCUCUUUUUGUUAAUUUUCACCGCGGAGUUGGGCCUACGUUGCGGCGCCUUCGGGUUGAAAAACGUCAUCUUCAACCUACAAUAUUCGCUAGACGUCGCUGUGGUCGGGAGCGGGAUUUUGUUCGAAUUACUUUUACCUCUGAUCACAACCGGCGGGAUUUCCACCGGUGGGGAAGACGAUUCCGGGGGAUUAGCCGAUGUGAUGCGGAUGUUGCGCGUGUUACGGGCCCUGCGUGUGCUCCGAUUGCUGACGAUUUUUGAGCAUUUGUGGGCGGUCGUGCAGUUGUUCUUCUUCAGUAUUCCCCCCCUGAUCUGGACGGUCAGCUUCAUGAUGAUCAUCAUCUUCCUGUUCGCCAUGUUUUCCAUCGUGAUCAUCGGGCAAAACACCGGGUUGACCUACCGUGGCAAUAGUUCUUCGGGAAAUAUUAAUUCUGGAGGAAGUUCUUCCACUUCUCAGCUGGUCACUGCAACAGGUAGUUGUAAUCAGAACUCCACGCUGACCGUGCAAGUGGCUGCACCAACUUCACCUAAUGGUGGAGAUGAAGGAAGUAACUCCAAAAAAGAACAGUUUGACGAGGCGAAGCAGUUCUUCAUGACCACGCGGGAUGCGAUUGUGUACAUGUUCCGCAUCAUGACACUGGACGGGUGGUCAGACAUCGUGGUCCCGCUGGCCCAGGACUCCGUUUGGCCCUACAUUUACUUUCUGCUGUUCAUCUCCAUUUCCGGGUUCGGGCUGAUGAAUUUGGUCACGGUGACCGUGUUGGAAACGGCGCAAAAGCAGACCAAACGCGUGUCGGAAUUGCUCGACAUCGACGACAAAAUGAACGUCAUCGGCGAUCUGCUGCGAUUCCCCAACAUCGCCCACUUUGCGGGCAUGAACAACGGCGAAAAUAACGCUAACGGAGGGGACAACGGUGGUUCAAAUGCGAAUGCCGUGGGCGGUGGUGCAGCUGCCACCAAGAAUCCGCAGGGAACUUCUACCGCGAGCGGAAAUGUUAACCAGGAGCAGCCACAGGUGGAAUUGAACGUGACCGGGAACACGACGCGCGCCUAUUUCAUUGAGCACUGGCAGAAGUCGGUGGCGUUUCGCAAUCUGUUCGAGACGUUGCAGCUGACCAGCGCGGACGCGGGCGCCUUCUUCGACGCGAUGGACCUGGACAGCAGUGGCGAGCUGGACCCGUUUGAGCUGUCCACCACCUACAUGGAGCUCACGACGCAGGUGCUGAACUCCACGGCCUCCGUGGCGCUGAUCCGGUCCGCGGUGCUCCCCGAGGAAAAAGGUCGGAUCCUGCGGUCCACCAUGCAGGUGGCGCAGGCGAGCCGGUUUCAGGAGGUGGCGAAGCAGAAUUUUCUGGACGAAAAGACGCGGGCCGAGGAGUUGGAGAAAAAGCAGUUGGAGGAGACAAAAAAGCAGGGUCUGGAAGCGAAAAUCCGGGAGGAGAAAAUGAGCCAGAACCUGGAGAAAAUCCUGUUCGAAUUCGCGUCCCUACGGGAACAGCUGGAUCGCGCGGAGACGAAAAUAGCAGAUUUGACCGAAUACGUCACCACGGAGCUGCAGGCAGUGCGCCAGGCGCAGGUGACGCUCCCGCCGUUGCGGAGAAGAAGUGUGAAGAAGAAGAAGGCUGUAUCUGCGGGGCAAGAACAGUCCUCGGCAUUAGAAUCCGUGCGGGAAGUGGACGAUGACGGGGUAUGACAGUUCACAACCCCCCCUCCCCCUCAUUUGUCAUGCAAAAUUCCAAAUCUUAUCUACCUUCUGCCUGUUAGCACUGUUUGCAUGACAGAUUCCGAAAGCCAAAACAGCACUACAACCACCUAGGAAUUUGUCAUGCAAAAGCUGCAUCUUCGCCAGCGCUUGCGUUGCUGUUCAUGCAACACAAAUGAGGGGGAGAGGGAGUUGUGCACUCUCAUACGGGGGGAACGACUCCCUCAUUGCGUCCGCUGUCGGCUUCGGCGAGAUGAGCGAUAGCACGCUCGGCGGGGGUCCCGGAGAUACGAUGAUGAACACGACCACCAGUACGGUCUCCGGCGGGCCAAGAGUUACGAAUGCGGCACACAGCCCGCACGUUUUUUCUCACAGUGGGGAGGUGACGAGGCGGAGCAAACAAAGCUUAGCGGCGCAACAGCAGCAGCUGCAACUUCAGCAGCAGAUGCCGCAAGUUGCGGGACUGCGGAUCGUGGGCGGAGAGUUGUUUGUACAGGCAUCGGUAACUUCUGCGGCAGCGCAGCCGCCACAACAGGCUCUCCUUUACGGAGCAGGUGCACCUCCCGAUAGAGGUGCUGGCAAUGCUGGCAGCCAGGCGCUGCAAAUCGAGGCCGGAGGAGGUAAUUCUGCCGUAUCGUCCAGACCGACGACGGCGCCGCAGGAAGUCGUGCAGCGAGGACUGUCUUCUCCGCAAACAAGACUACGAUCACCGGCACCUGCUCCAGGGGCUGUCACAAAUGGUCCCGCAACUGAGCAAGCGGAAGUUGUUUCGCCAGCGUCAAUAGCAGGUGUGAAGAAUAACUCUACUCCGUCAAACACAGACACGUCCCCAAUUUCUACAUUAUCUACCCCACCGCCUGCUGCAAGCACCCCAGGUGCAGCGAAAGGUUCACCGAGUGCCCUACUAGGUCCUUUCAAAAAGCCCUGAGGCUGAGUUGGUUCCCCAUUCACAAUUCAUUCUGAUAUUCGUUUUCAUGAUCAUGGUAUAAUAUUAUUUGACUUUCAUUCAAGCAGAAGCUCGCCAAUUUAUCCACUGGCUCCUCCGAAUAGAGCGCACCUGGACUACCUCGCCUAGGUCGAUGGAAUGUGAACGCUGCUCAUCGUACUUACAGGUCCAACGUAGUAGUUGCUGCGUAUGCAGUCGGGGCACUGAAAUAUCAGACUGAUUUUUGGGUUCGGCUGUACCAGAUUGAGAUUUCAACAACAAG